AUGGGGAAGAUUGUAUUCUUUGAGGAUAAGAGCUUCCAAGGCCGAAGCUAUGAGUGCAGCACUGACUGCCCUGACCUGCAAUCUUACUUCAGCCGCUGCAACUCCAUUAAGGUGGAUAGUGGCUGCUGGGUGCUGUACGAGCGUCCCAACUUCACUGGCAACCAGUACAUCCUGAGCCCCGGGGAAUACCCUGAUCCACAACAGUGGAUGGGAUUCAAUGAUAGCAUCAAGUCAUGUCGCUCUAUCAAAAAUGUUUUUGGAAAGUCCUGGAAGAUCAGAUUCUACGACAAGCAGGAUUUCGGAGGCCAAGUGGCAGAGUGUGUUGGCGAUUGCCCAUCGGUUUACGAGGCCCUCAAGUUCCGGGAGUUCCACUCCUGCGUAGUAAUGGACGGUGCGUGGGUCCUCUACGAGCAGCCUAACUACCACGGGCACCAGUACUUCCUGGAGCGUGGCGAGUACCGCAACUAUACAGACUGGGGAGCAGCCUCCCCUGCUGUGGGAUCCUUUCGCAUGAUCACAGAGUUCUAG